CGUACACACACACACGUACACACACAAGCCCGUCGAUGAGGCAGCAGCAGGAGCAGCAGAUCAUGGCGGAUGGCCCCCGGUGCAAGCGACGGAAGCAAGCCAACCCGAGGAGGAAAAACGUGCUAAACUACGAGAACGUAGUGGAGACCGGAUCCGAGACGGACGAAGAAGACAAGCUGUUGGUAUCCGAAGAGGACGGCUUACUGAACGGCGCCGCCAGUCCAGCCAGCCUGGCCAAUCACGAGCCGGCGGCUCCGCUAUCCCCGAGACUGGGCCACACCCUCAUGACGAAAGUGGACGACGAGGAGGACGAGAUGAGGGACAGCGGCGUGGAGCACGUGUGGAACGAGAGCGACAUUCUGAGAAGCUCUGUCGAUGGUACAGAUGAACUGAAGGACGAUUUUGACAGCAUGGUCCCUGACGCAGCUUUACAACCCAUAGGGAAUGGUACAGUGAAGAGAAUGGACUGCACAGCCGAGUUCGAGGAGUUCUUCGCUAAAAGGAAGAUGGCCGACAGCGAGAGCCAUGUGGUUAGCAUCGCUGAAUAUUUGCAGCGUGCCGACACGGCCAUCAUCUACCCCGAGGCUCCGGAGGAGAUCGCCCGCCUGGGCACACCCGAGGGCCCCGGGCACGAGGAGAACGACCUGCCACCUGGAACUCCAGAUGCUUUUGCCCAACUGUUGACCUGCCCCUACUGCGACCGGGGUUACAAGCGCUUGACUUCCCUGAAGGAACACAUCAAGUACCGGCACGAGAAGAACGAGGAGAACUUCGCCUGCCCUCUGUGCAACUACUCCUUUGCUUACCGCACUCAGCUGGAGAGACAUAUGGCCACACACAAGCCUGGACGAGAUCAGCACCAACUGCUGAACCAGGGAGCUGGCAACCGCAAGUUCAAAUGCACAGAAUGUGGCAAGGCCUUCAAAUACAAGCACCAUCUGAAGGAGCACCUGCGGAUCCACAGUGGGGAAAAGCCGUAUGAAUGCCCAAACUGUAAGAAGCGAUUCUCUCACUCUGGGUCCUACAGUUCUCACAUCAGUAGCAAGAAGUGCAUUGGCCUGAUCACAGUUAACGGCAGGAUGAGGAACAACAUGAAGCCCGGCUCCUCUCCAACCUCCGCCUCCUCCUCUCCAACCAACACUGCCAUCAGCCAGCUAAGACACAAGCUGGAAAAUGGCAAGCCCCUCGGCCUCCAUGAGCAGUCCAAUCACCUCAACAUUAAAUCGGAACCACUGGACAUCAACGACUAUAAGCUGAUAAUGGCCUCACAUGGCUAUGGUACACCAGGCCCCUUCCUGAAUGGUGGGCUGAGUGGAGGGAGCCCACUAAGUGCCCCUAACUCCCAGAGUCCCCUCCAGCACUUAGGGAUGAGCAUGGAAGGACAAUUGCUGGGGUACCCGUCUUUAGGGAACAACCUAAGCGAGGUGCAGAAGGUGCUUCAGAUAGUAGACAACACAGUAUGCCGACAGAAGAUGGACUGCAAGCCAGAGGAACUUUCCAAGCUGAAGGCCUACAUGAAGGAGCUGGGCUCCCAAAUUGAGGAGAAGAAACCAGGGCUGGGAUCACCCGGGGGCCCCCAGACAGGUCUUCCAGUCAUCAGCCACAAUGGUGCAACCAAGAGCAUCAUUGACUACACACUCGAGAAGGUCAAUGAAGCUAAAGCAUGCCUCCAGAGCUUGACCACGGACUCUAAGAGACAAUUUAGCAAUAUCAAGAAGGAGAAGUCGAAUCAUACGAUAGAUUUAGGUACAGAGGAUAAGUUGCACGAGAACAACUUAAUGUUUACAUCCUUUUCUUGCCAGUAUUGCAAAGAAGCUUUCCCAGGUCCCAUUCCACUGCAUCAGCAUGAGAGGUACCUGUGUAAGAUGAAUGAAGAAAUAAAAGCCGUACUGCAGCCCAAUGAAAACAUCACGCCUAACAAGCAGGGCAUGUUCUCAGAGAAGCAUGCCCAUUUGUUCUCCCCAAUCAUCUCUGAGAAGGGCAUUACUAGCCCCAUCAACCCUUACAAGGACCACAUGUCAGUGCUCAAAGCAUACUUUGCCAUGAACAUGGAGCCCAACUCAGAGGAACUACUGAAGAUCUCUAUAGCAGUCGGCCUUCCUCAGGAAUUUGUGAAAGAGUGGUUUGAACAGAGAAAGGUAUACCAAUAUGCCAAUUCCAGAACACCACCUUUAGAUAGGAACAAUAUGGAGAUCGGUCUGCCUGCCACUAAUCACAUGCCCAAUAAGGACUCCAUGAACGCUCGUUCCCCUCUAUCUUUGGUCAAACCUAUGGACCGAAUGACGUCGCCCGCCACCCCCGAGCUACAUAACAACAUAAACAACUGUGACAUCCCCCUCAGGCUUUCUAAAACACCCCACUUCCCUGGCCCCAGGCAACUUGGUGAGAAGUUGGACCACUCCAGGAGCAACACGCCGUCUCCACUGAACUUGUCCUCCGCCUCCUCCAAGAACUCCCACAGCAGCUCUUACACGCCCAACAGCUUCACGUCCGAGGACCUGCAGGCAGAGCCACUGGACCUCUCACUACCAAAGCUCAUGAAAGAACCCAAACAUGUGCUUUCUGUCAAGAGCCGGCCCAAGCCCAGCAGUGUCCCCUUAGACCACAACCCCAUCACAUCACCCCGGGAACAUCUGGAAGAGCCACUCAAUCUUGCAUACCUGUCCAAGAAAGAGUUUGGGAGCCCCAAUGGUAACCUGGAGAAAAGCACUAGCCCCAUGUUUGGCAUUAACCCUUUCUCUGCCAAACCUCUGUAUACUUCCUUACCCCCUCAAAGUGCGUUCCCUCCAGCCACUUUCAUGCCCCCAGUUCAGGCCAGUCUCCCAGGUCUCCGGCCCUACCCCACACUUGACCAGAUGGGCUUCCUGCCACACAUGGCCUAUACCUAUGCAGCAGGAGCUGCCAGCUUUGCUGAGAUACAGCAUCGGAGAAAGUACCAGCGGAAGCCAGGGUUUCAGGGGGAGUUGCUAGACGCCACGCCAGACUAUCUCUCCAGCCUGGAUGACAUGACAGACUCAGACGCCUGUCUGUCCCGGAAGAAGAUUAAGAAAACAGAAAGUGGUAUGUACGCGUGUGACCUUUGCGACAAAACAUUCCAGAAGAGCAGUUCCCUCCUAAGACACAAAUAUGAGCACACAGGUAAAAGGCCGCACCAGUGCCAGAUCUGCAAGAAGGCGUUCAAGCACAAGCACCACCUGAUCGAGCACUCGCGCCUUCACUCGGGUGAGAAGCCGUACCAGUGCGACAAGUGCGGCAAGCGCUUCUCACACUCGGGCUCGUAUUCGCAGCACAUGAACCACCGCUACUCCUACUGCAAACGUGAGGCCGAGGAACGCGAGGCUGCUGAGAGAGAGGCACGUGACAAGGGGCGUCUGGAACCCAGCGAGCUCCUCAUGAACCGGGCCUUUCUUCAGGGCCUGACGUCACCCGGAUACCCCGAGCACCAAGAACGCGAUCCGAUCCUACGUGACGGCAUCAACGGCGGCACCAAAGAGCCGGACGGAACCUACGGCAAGCUGGGGCGCAGGGAGGACGAGUUCGAGGAGGAAGAAGAAGAGGAGAGCGAGAACAAGAGCGUAGACACGGAUCUGGACACGGCACGGGACGAAGAGGACAACGGCGAGCACUCGAUGGACGACAGCUCGCUGGAUGGCAAAACCAAAUCGGACCACGAGGACAACCCUGAGGACGGCGUCUAAUAAGACUACUGUGUUGUGUGUUCUGCAAGCUUCCCCUCCACGUCUUUUCAUUUCUGUCGGUUGACUUUUUUCUUUCGGUGGCCACCUGAACAGACGAGCUUCUGGAUUUGCGCCAGACUGAUUAAAAAAAAAAAAAAGAAAAAAAGAAAGAAAGAAUGAAUCCAGUCAGGGAGGGGAGGGGGAAACGGGUGAGAAGCUGCAUUAUGCAAAAAUGAAACAAAUGAAAUAUUGAAAUAUGUUUUUUUUUUUUGUUUGUUUUUGUUUUUUUUAAAAUGUACAGUAUUAAGGCCUAAAAACUAUGUGUGGUGCUACCAUCUUAAAAAAAAGAAACCCUGUGUUCCAUAGUAUUUAUAGCACAAAACUAGUAACUUGUACAAAAAAAAAAUUGCACUCCGCUUCUAUAAUCACUACAAAAAUAAUAAAAAAGUAUUGCCUAUGUAUAUUUAUAGUGUUGAAGAAAAAAAAAAGAAGAGGCUGCGGCGUGUUUGCUGCAGGUUGUCAGUAUUAUGAAUUCUCUCGCUCCCACUGUGCCCUUUGCCGUUCUUCACCCCGGUGUUUACUCAGCUAGCCACAUGUUUUUAGGCCUCCGCAAAAUUUUUACUCGACGUGAAAGGAACUUAAAUCGAUAGCGGUUCGGGGUUUUUUUUGUUUUGUUUUGUUUUUUUGAAGUCUUAAACAGACUGUGUAGAGGAAGUGGAACGCUCCAGAGUGGAGACAGACGAAGGAAGAAAAGGCAGUGUUGAAGGAGAAAGCCUUUGUAAAGUCAUUUUCUUUUAUAUUAGAGAAGAUUAAAGAAAAACGAACAAAAAAAAAAA